AUGGUCGGAAGGGCUCGGGGCAUCGAAUUCUAUCACGUGAGUCGGUAGAUGGGUCGGUUCGAGCAGGCUGCGAGUUAAUUGAUAUGUGUCUAAUCGUGGGCAGGUUUGGAGUGACGAGGUAGCUGCCCCGAUAUUGCCCGAGUCGCAGCUGAACCACCUGGUCAUUGCCGCAUCCGCGGGGAAGGCCUUCGCACAGCUCCUCUACAAGUGAGGCAGGCAAUCCAGACACAUACACAAAGUGGAUGUGCGGCAGAGCACCAUCGUGUCCUUGCGUCUUGUUCCCACCUCUCGGAUUAGGGGCCGUCGCGACGGCUGGUCGUACGAGACGAUGAUGUCCAAGGUCCCUCACCUCAUCGACAAAGCCACGCCCCUCCUGCUGGUGGUCAAGCGCACCGACACAGACAAACUCGCUUGCUUACUCGGCAACCCUUUCCCGGCCCCCCCGUCCGGCUCUCGCACGGCGCUCAUCGAGUGCCCCGUGACCUUCUUCUCCAUCAACGAUGAUGAGGGCAUCACGACAGUGCAGGUGCCGGUGGAAGACUGGGUGGUGGAGGUGGCGGGGCCUGAGGGGGCAGUGGUGGACAUGGUGGGGCGGCCGACGGGCAGUGUGGCCAUCGCACGAGGCCGUCUCUGGCUGGGAUACACCAGUCAUGGCCUCCCCGCGACGGAUGAGGUGGGACUCUCUGCUGACCCUGGGGUGGUGACUGGCCCUGCCGGUGACCUUCGUCGCGUCUGUCACUUCGUGUGGCCGAGGGGGACCAGCAGGGAAGACGCCCACGGAGGCCGCGCGUCUCUCAUCACCAAGUGGGAGAGUCUGGUGGGGUGUGUCGACUUCACUGCUGAGGAUGUCGAAAUCUACUCCAUGAAGGUCCGUCCGUCCGUCCGUCCGUCAGGCACGACGGGUGUGUCUGUGUGGUGGGGGUGUCAUGUGUGCAGU